UAAGCAUUUAAAAUGAAGACUAAAAAAGAAGUAACGGUCAGCAGUGAAGAAUCUACAAGCGGAGAAGAUGCUCCUGCGCAGUCAUCGAUAACAACACCGGCAGCGCAGUCACUUAUUAUUAACGACCAACCUUCAUCCGAAGAGAAUGGCUCCAAUGUUGCUAAUAAUACAUCGGCAUCUCAAUCAACUUCAUACAGUCAUCACAAUCAAGGUGUUUUCAUUUGCGCCUGUCGGCGUUUUACAUUGACGAACCCAGAGUUGAUUAAAAACUUAUACCGAGGGGUUCAUUUAGCAACAAAUCGCCUACGAUCGCAGACUAUGCACACUGAUUUCAACGAUUUUGAAGAUGAAUAUACGGAUCACGAAGAUGAUUCGGCCGAGGAGCUUGCCAACGGAUUUCGUAAUGUAAAUAUAUCACAGCCCAACCAAGAAAGUGGUACAAAAACUGAGGGCUCUUCGGUCCAGCCAGAGGAUGACGAUGAAGACGAAUUUGAUAUUAUUGCCAGAUAUCCGGAAAUGAUAAGAAUAGUUUUUGAAAAUGAUGGCUUUCGACGUGGUGUACUUUAUAAUGAACUUCCGGUUGACAACCCCGUUAAGAUGAUAAACGACCCCGGUACACUUGAACUAGAACCUCUGUUCUCGGAUCUUUCGUCAGAUGAAGAGACGAACUGCAGUUCGGACAAUAGCAGUGAUGAGACACCUUAA